AUGAUAUCAAGCUUUACCAUGAAUGAGAACCCAGGUAAAUGUGGGAUGUUGACUAACAUUAGCUCAGAGUUUGGCAUUAUAGUAGCUGUUUGCGCUGAGACGUACGUGCUCUGGGAUAGAAAUAGAAUCUUGCUAAUGGUCAUCUUGGGCACCUAUCUCUUGUUUCUCACAGCAACCAUCGGCAUUGCCAUCAAUGCUAGCAUCUGUGCAGCAUAUGCGACUAGCCCGAUCCCAGGCAUCACAGGAUGCUACCAAAGUCCAACAACCACUGACCGUAUUUUUAUCCUAUUUCUUCUCUUUUCUGUGUUUGAACUGGGUAACACAGACUGGCGGAGAACCCCAUAUUGUCUGUAUGUUGUCCUGGUGAACCAUAACAUAUUCUAUUAUGCUAGUGCUUUCUUGUUGGUGACAAUGAACAUGUUCACAUUGCUGUUCCUCCAGACCAUUUUGAAUGGGUAUGCACCUCUUCAUCCUACUGUGUAUUCCUACUAAUAACACUCGAAAUGCAUACCCACGUGCAGUUUCUGGUUCCUGACCCUUGCUAUUUUUGCAGUGUGCAUGCACAUCCAUCUCUGGACAGACAAACCAACAUUCACGUCGCUCUGAUAGCAUGGUUCAUUUGUCCGACAUGUCAUUUGUGAAUGUCAUGGUGUGAUGUCUUGUCUUGUGGUUUACUCAGUGUUCAUGGAGCAAGGCUUGGACUGUACAAGAUGAUUGGUGGGGG